AUGAGCGUCUGGGCACAUUCCAGCCCUCACCUCACGCGCCUUGAUGCGUUCAGAAGACAUGUGAACAUCAAAUAUGACCUAGCGUUGGAAAAUUACGCCCAGCUACACCAAUGGUCUGUUCGAAGCCUCGAGUUGUUUUACCAAGAGCUGUGGCUUUUCUGCGGUCUGGUCACCUCCCAACCUCCAUCUCAAGUCGCCAUUGGUAUCGAAAAGAUGUGGCCUAGGCCGCAGUGGUUCCCAGAUGCCCGGAUGAAUUUCACAGAGAAUUUGCUGUCCGUUGGAAUGAGUGCACACCCGGACAAGAUAGCAGUAUCGGCUUGUCGAGAGGCUGGGACUCAGUGGAAACAUUUGACAUGGAGGGAGUUGCAGCUUGAGGUUGCUCGAUACGCGAGCGCUUUACAGCAUGCUGACGUGAAGGAAGGGGACCGCGUGGCAACCGUGGCUACAAACUCCUUGGAAACGUUGUUGAUCUUACUUGCUGCUGGUACUAUUGGCGCCAUCUUCUCCUCUACCUCUCCAGACAUGGGGACGAAGGGCAUUGUCGAGAGGUACACACAAGUUCAGCCGAAGAUUCUCUUCGUUGAUUCCGAGAUCCUAUAUGGAGGAAAGAAGCGCGAUUUGCGGGGGAAAAUGCAGUCUUCUGUCGAGAAAUUGAGAAAAGGGGUCAAGCAGCUUGCGAAUGUUGUCGUCAUCAAUGGACCGCUCUGGGAUGAUGACAAGCUGUCUGGUACCACGGGUCCACCGAAGUGCAUCUGUCACUCUGGAGGUGGAGCGCUGCUCAAGCACAAGAUUGACCUCGCCUUGGGAUUGGACCUCGGAAUAGACUCGACAUAUUACCAGUAUACUACGACUGGGUGGAUGAUGUGGAAUCUAUUGGUUGGCGCUCUCAGUGUCGGGUCAAGAAUAAUUCUAUAUGAUGGGAACCCGAUGGAGCCUUCUCCAUCUUUCCAGCUCCGUUUGCUAGAGGAGCAAGGGGUUACGCACUGGGGUACCAGCCCAAAGUUUCUCAACGCAAUCAUGCACGACCUCAAAGGCUCACUGCCUCCACUAACGAGCUUACAAGCCACUCUUACGUCUGGGUCAGCACUUUCUACCGAGACGUUCGAAUGGUUCUAUAAUACUUUUCCAAAACGGGUGGCGCUCCAAAACGGCUCUGGCGGGACAGAUAUGCUUGGUGGUAUCGUCGGCGGCAACAACUUAGUACCCAUAAGUGGGAGUGAGCUUGCAGUUGCCACUCUAGGGAUGGAUGUACAGAUAUGGGACGAAAGCGGUCAAAAUGUCGACGCAACAGGAGAAAGAGGAGAGCUUGUCAUCACAACACCUUUCCCGAGCAUGCCUGUGACCUUCUGGGGCGACGGUGGCCUUGAAAAGUACCGCAAGGCGUAUUUUGAUACGUUUCCAGGGAUUUGGUGCCAUGGUGACUUUAUGUCGCAGAAUCCCAAGACAAAAGGCUACCUCAUCCACGGUCGUAGUGAUGGCGUCCUCAACCCAGGAGGCGUCCGGUUUGGCUCAGCUGAGAUAUAUAAUGUUGUCGAGAAGUUCGCCGAACUUGAGGAUUUUGUCGCCGUCGGGCAGAGACGCCCAAUUGACAAGGAUGAGCAAGUGCUACUUUUCGUCAAAAUGAGAAAUGAUGCCAUCCUCGGGACACCACUGCUCUCCAAGAUCCGCGACGCCAUAAGGACAAUGCUCAGUCCCAGACACGUUCCAUCGCACAUUUUCCAGGUUCAAAACCUUCCUUACACAAUGAAUGGUAAAAGAAUCGAGAAUGCCAUCAAGAGCGUGGUUUGCGGGGAGAAAGUGAAGAACACUGGUUCCAUUAUAAACCCAGAGUGUUUAAAGGAGUACGAGCAGUAUGCAAAGUUGCCAGCAUGUGGUUUGGUAGCUAAGCUAUAGGGCAAACGCAUUCCGGGGAUGUAGAUGGGUCGGAUUCGGUUGCUCUGCAGCCAUUUCCCAUAGCGACAGCAUAUUUUCAAGUAGAUUUAGAUUUAGG